CUAGGACCCAGCAGUGAAGCCCUCCUCCCUCAAGCAGUCAGGGUGCACGGCUGCGCCUUGGUGAGGAGUCAAGAGUUGGUGAGUCUGAUCGAGAAGCAGCGAGCAGGCUGCACAGCGCAACACCUUCCAGCAUCAGACCUGAAGAAGCAAGACAGGAAGGGAAAUGGUUUAACCAGGCAGCCUGCUCUUUGCAAAUAACACACCAGCACCAACUAGCAGCUACCCCGCCGCUCUCAGGACAUCUCCAUGGCAGACCGAAAAAGAGCGGAGGGGGGGUUACCGAAACAUUUAAACUGAGAGCAUUAACACAGAGACCCCUUACCGUCUCCCCUUUAAAAAAGGGAUACAACUUAGCACACGGGUCCAGAGAGUGAUGUUCUGGUUGGCUUCAGAAUUCCUGAUUUGGUUUCUCCACCUCGCAGAACCGAAAAACAAUUAUUGAUCUGCCAAAAAAAAGAAAGAAAGAAAGAAAGUAACGCAGACGGAUCAUUGUUAAAGAUCUACAUGUAGUCGGAUUCGUCUGUCGGUGUGGCUGCUGCUGCAGCCGAGUACCAGAAAAAUAUUGAAAGCAACAAGGGCAAAAAAGACAGGAGUGUCUUGUUUCACAAAAAAGCAAGAAGAAGAAGAAGAAGAAGAAGAAGAAGAAGAAGAAGAAGAUGGUGAAAAAUCACUGAAUGAUUCUCUGACUUGAGAACUGGAGCGCCGAGCAGCGUCUGGGAAGGCGAAGCCCUUUCAGCACCAUCUCUCAUCACCGUAUGUCUGAACAUCAGCUAAGCGGAGAAAUAUUUCCAAUUCGUGCUGAAUACGGAAAAGAGGAAUUUCCUUUUCUUACUUUGUAACUGUGGUACAUUUGUUUUACUUGCAUUGAUAUAUAUAUAUAUAUAGAUAUAAAUAUUUUUGGAUUAUUGUUAUUUUUUUUUCUAUACAGAAGCACAAGCUGCCGCUGCCUUUCAAUGAUUCCCUGUAAGACAGCAGGAGAGGAAGCAAUCUCAGCGGCUGGCUGGUAUCUUGUUUUUUAGAACCUGUGCGGGCUUUAGGUUUUAUUUCAGUUAUUAUUCUUUUCUUGUUUUUUUUUUUUCUCAGCCAUGUGUCAUUUGGGUCCGUCUUCCCCUCCGUGUACCGCAGCGUUAAUUUUUUAAUGGCUGAAACUUGUCCGCGACAUGCCUAAGAGACGAGAUGGGCCAGGGCGACGACAGCGAUCGCAUUGUGAUAAACGUGGGAGGUACUAGGCAUCAGACUUACCGCAGCACUCUGCGCACCUUGCCGGACACCCGGUUAGCCUGGCUAACGGAACCCGAUGCCCAGAGUCACUUCGACUACGACCCCAGGUUCGACGAGUUCUUUUUCGACCGCCACCCGGGCGUUUUUGCGCACAUACUCAAUUAUUACCGGACCGGCAAGUUGCACUGCCCUGCGGACGUGUGUGGGCCCCUGUACGAGGAAGAGCUGGCGUUUUGGGGUAUAGACGAGACCGAUGUGGAACCAUGUUGCUGGAUGACCUACCGCCAACACAGAGACGCUGAGGAAGCCCUGGACAGCUUCGGAGGUGGGCCCCCCGAUCAGGACGAGGAUGGGGCCGACGGAGAUGCCAUGGGGGACUCGGGUGACGGGGAGGAUGAGCUGGAAAUGACCAAAAGACUGGCACUGGGGGACUCCCCCGAUGCCAAGUCUCGGGGUUUGUGGCGGCGCUGGCAAAAGCGCAUGUGGGCUCUCUUUGAAGAUCCUUAUUCAUCGAAAUAUGCCAGGUGGGUGGCUUUUGCUUCCCUGUUCUUCAUCCUGGUGUCCAUCUCGACGUUCUGUCUGGAAACUCACGAGGCCUUCAACCCCAUCAUCAACCGGACAGAGGAGGUGUUCAUGAACAACGUGACCAAGGAGAACAUCUACCAGGAGACCGAGACGGUGGCCUUCCUGACCUACAUCGAGGGCGUCUGCGUGGUCUGGUUCACCUUCGAGUUCCUCAUGCGCAUCACCUUCUGCCCGGACAAAGUGGAGUUCAUUCGCAACUCGCUCAACAUCAUUGACUUUGUGGCCAUCCUGCCUUUCUACCUGGAGGUGGGGUUGAGCGGCCUGUCUUCCAAAGCAGCCAAGGACGUGCUGGGCUUCCUGAGGGUGGUCCGUUUCGUGAGGAUCCUGAGGAUCUUCAAGCUGACCCGCCACUUUGUGGGGCUACGUGUCCUGGGCCACACGCUGAGGGCCAGCACCAACGAGUUCCUGCUCCUGAUCAUCUUCCUGGCGCUGGGGGUCCUCAUCUUUGCCACCAUGAUCUACUACGCCGAGCGCAUCGGUGCUAAUCCCAACGACCCAAGAGCCAGUCAACACACACACUUCAAAAACAUCCCCAUCGGGUUCUGGUGGGCCGUGGUGACCAUGACCACCCUGGGCUACGGAGACAUGUACCCUCAGACCUGGUCUGGCAUGCUGGUGGGUGCGCUCUGCGCUCUCUCUGGGGUGCUGACCAUCGCCAUGCCUGUGCCGGUCAUAGUCAACAAUUUCGGAAUGUACUACUCCUUGGCAAUGGCUAAGCAGAAGCUACCAAAGAAAAAAAACAGACAUAUCCCCCGGCCCCCACAGCUGGGCUCUCCCAAUUACUGUAAGUUGGGCGUUAACUCGCCUCACCACAGCACACAGAGCGACACCUGCCCCCUGGCCCAGGAAGAAAUUUUAGAAAUAAACAGAGCAGAUUCCAAAGGGAAUGGCGAGGCAGCUAAGGCGGCGUUGGCUAACGAAGAUUGUCCCCAUAUAGACCAGGCCAUAUCCCCUGAGGAAGGCCAGCUCUUUAGCCCAGACGAGAGACAGGAACGCCCCUGCCUGCUCUUAACAACCGGGGAGCUGAAAUGCCCGUCUGAGGAAAGAGUAAGGAAGGCUAUUAAUUGUGGAUACACUGGCUCUUACACAAUGGGCUUAGCACCGAGUCUGGAGGCUGCAACAACUGGCCAGCAUUUGUUUUUUUUUCCUCGAAGAUCUUUUUUUUUUCUUCUCAGGAUCUUCUUUUUGAGUCAUAGGAUGCCCCCCCCCCUCCCCAUACCCUUAGAUCUCCCUCAUAUCCCCCAAUCCUAUUCUACUCUCCAUCUUAAAGGACUGUCAAAGUGUGCCGGGUAAGAGUGAUUUUGCAUGGAGCACCUCUUCCAUGGGUUGAAUCAUCAAAAAAAAAAAAAAAAAAAAAAAAAAAGUUGUUUCUUUCUGCUUUGGCUUUUUCUGUUGCCUCUUUUUCUAUCUACCUUACCCAUCUUUAUACACAAGACCGCGUCCGACACAGAUAGACAGCCUGGCUGACUGACUGCAUGGAUACCACCCUGCUCAGAAGAUUCUGGCUGCCUCUCUGCAUGAAACAUCUCUCUGUAUCACUUUGUCCUACUUAAUGUUUCUUUAUCUCGUGCUGUUUUUUUUUUUAUUUUUCUUUUCUUUUUUUGGAUUAUAGACACAUUAAAAUGAAAUACAUUUUUUAAAAUUUUAUUUUCUAAACAAUGGGGCACUGAUUGAUGCUCAGGUAGUCUGUAUUGUU